UUCUGUAAAUGAAACAUGAUUGUUCAUUUGCUGCGAAACUUACUUUCCAAGAUGUCGAAGUACAUCGCGAAGUUUUCGAGGUUCUCGCAAAUAAUCAAGGAAAAUGGGGGGCCCGUUGCAGCAUUCAUAAAACUUUACAAGAAUGAUGAGCUGAAAACUGGUUCCCUUGUAGGGGAAGAUAAAUUCGGAAACAAAUAUUUUCAAAACAACAUGUACUUCAUGGGGCGGAGUCGAUGGGUGGAGUAUAGCCCAGCAGUCAACAUGGACUAUGACGCCAGCCAGAUACCUGCAGAAUGGCACCACUGGCUCCACUACAUCGCAGACGAACCUCCAACACAACAACCUCCCAUACAGAGGAAGUGGAUGGCAGAACACACAGAGAACUUUUCCGCAACAUCAGAUGAAUAUGUACCCUACAGUACAGCUAAACCUAAAGUACAAGCUUGGACACCAUCCAAGAAGUAAAUAGGAUUUGUGUGGUAGAAAGAAUGUGAUGUGUAAAUUUCAGCUGUGUCAAGAACGUUUCUUACAAAGAUGAGAUCUUUGAUCUUUGUUUAAACUGUCAUCUGGAGAUCAGUGGAUUUCUUCUGCGUAAAAUAGGUUUAUUUAAUAAAAUGUUUCAUUGUGUA